CACGGCAUACUGCUAGUUAGUUGAUUGCAGGCGCAAAUCUGUAAUUUAGAAGAUUUGUUGCAUGUGCAAAAAGUUAGUUUUAUUUCAUCGUUGUAAAAUUCUAUUGUGUGCACAGAAGCAGGGUUAAAAUGUUGGCUUCAGCGAUUAUACGAGGAAUUGCCAGGGGACGUGUGAAUCAAAUGGGGAUGAGACGGCCUCUUGUGCUGUAUGCACGGUCCAUGGCAUCAUACGGCUACCCGUCCUACAGGAAAAAGAGAGCUCUGCCAGUAAACACUGUGAUAAAGUUUGUACCACAACAAGAAGCUUGGGUCAUUGAACGAUUUGGAAAAUUCAACAGAAUUCUCAGUCCAGGUUUGGCAAUUCUGAUACCUAUCAUUGAUGAGAUCAAAUAUGUGCAGAGCUUGAAGGAGAUGGCAAUAGAAAUUCCUUCUCAAUCAGCAAUCACGCUUGAUAACGUCACCUUACAUCUUGAUGGCGUACUUUAUCUAAGAGUUGUGGACCCAUAUAAGGCAUCUUAUGGUGUUGAAGAUCCUGAAUUUGCUGUGACACAACUUGCACAGACUACUAUGAGAUCAGAAUUAGGUAAAAUCAGCCUGGACAAUGUGUUCCAAGAAAGAGACACUCUCAAUCAUAACAUUGUUGCUGCUAUCAACCAUGCUGCGGAAGUCUGGGGAAUAAGAUGUCUGAGAUAUGAAAUCCGUGAUAUUCAACUCCCCAAGACUGUAGUAGAAGCCAUGCAGAUGCAGGUUGAAGCUGAGAGGAAGAAAAGAUCUGUUGUCUUACAAUCUGAGGGAGCAAGAGAAGCAGCCAUAAAUGUCGCUGAGGGUCAGAAGCAGUCAAAGAUUUUGGCAUCCGAAGCUGUCAGGAGAGAACAGAUCAAUCAUGCGACUGGUGAAGCAGAAGCUAUCAUCGCAAAGGCCCAAGCUCGUGCUACGGGUAUAUUGAGUGUUGCCGAAGCACUAUCAAAACAGAGUGGAGACAAGGCUGCAGGCCUGAAUGUUGCCGAGUUAUAUGUAGAAGCAUUCUCCAAACUUGCCAAGACCAACAACACAGUGAUCCUACCGGCAAGCGUUGGUGAUCCAGCAUCCAUGGUGGCACAGGCACUUGCUGUAUAUGGCCAAGUGACGAAUCGACCAGCCCCCCCUGACAACACGCCCAGUGGCUCCCCCUCAGAGUCGCCUGACAAUCCCCUGGAAAGCCCAGACAAGGCAAAGGCUAUGAAAGCCCAGGAAAGCGCGAAGCAAGCUAUCAGCAAUUUGGUCGACGAUAUCGAGCAGCAAAGGAAAAACGUGCCCCACUUUACCGCCUUCUCUUCACCAACAAGAACGAGAGAUUUCCAAGAGACGAACUUCUGAUUUGUCUGAAGACAAAACGGUUCACAAAUCGGGAUGUAAAAGGAGAGGCGACAACGAACUACUGAUUGGUCUGUAAAACAAAGCACUAUACGGAUUAACCAAUCAGAAUGCACAAGGAAAGACAGCAACAAACUUCUAAUUGGUCUGUAAGCAAGGCAUGACACAGAUUGACCAAUAAGAUUGACACAAGCGAAAUACCUUCUGAUUGGUUAGUCAAAGAAAGAAAAAGGGAAAUCAGCCGAUCAGAGAAGCGCGUGUCAGACCUGGGCCAUGAAACAUGCGUCUAAAAAAGAACUUUUCAAGAUUUUUUAUCAUGAGGUUGGUUGUAGAGAAUGAAUUUAAAGUAAAGCGAACUAAUUUAAA